AUGGAUCUUGCAAUGCUCCGUGCCGGCAAGCCAGAUUCGCCUGGUGCCCUGGUGAUGCUUGCCAGCGUCUUUCAAGACUGCGUGUGGCGUCCAGAGCUUGUGCUCCCAGCCGUGGCCUGGACGUGGUUCCUCUUCUCGGGUACCUACGGCACUGCCAAUGCCACCCGCACACUCUGCGAGCGAGCAGGAUGGCGACCGGACGUUCUUGUGUGGCUUUGCACGACGACAGUCAACUGCGUUAUUAUGUGUUUGAAGGACGCCUACCUGACAGGAGGCAGCCUUGUUCCUCCCGGUGCUGCCAUCGUUGCCUGGGUGGCACGUGACCUGAUGUUCUCGCUGGUCGUUUUUGUGUUGCCGGACAAGAUUAGUGCCAAGCUCGUUGCAAGGGGCAUCACAACCAUCCGCGGUUUCCAAGUGCAGGAUGUUGUGCAGAUUCUUUUGCCCCUUCCGCUGCAGCUCUUCACCACCCCGCUUCACUUCUUAGGAAUUUCAUUCGUGGCAAACCCCGGACCUCUGGGAGCCUCUGCUCGCUUCGCAGCCGCCUUCAGGGAGUUUGGCCUCCGCGUUGGUAUUCGCUGUGCACGUGUGCUGGUGCCGUACUGCUUUGGUGCUGUGGUCAAUCGUAAGCUCAGGACAGAUCCAAGGGUUUUAAGCAGGCACAAAUCAGCCUGA